AUGUUUCAGAAUCUCAUUAGAAAAAUAAGGAGCCUAAAAAUGAGAAACUAAAUCAUAUUAGCAAACAUCAUAUUUCUAACCAUUGUCAUUUCAUUGCCAAUUUCAGCAUUUUAUGCUUAAUCAGAAAUAUUUUCUUAUAUAUCAGCUCAAUCAACUGAACUAUUGCAAGUGUAAUAGGAUAAAACUCAACUUAUAAUUAUUGGAAAGAUGUUGAUGAGAAGAGUGGCUUUAUAACAUUAGAAAAGUAAUAUUAUUGUUCUUAUUAAGUAAUAAACCAAUUGGCAUCUAUUUCAAAAUCUUACUAUUAUUUUGAUUACAACAACAUUACAAUAGAACUGAAAUCUCCUCUGCCUGCGUGUGUUCCACUUGCUUAUUUAAAAGGCGAUGACUAUUUCAUCAAUUAUGAAUCCUUUUGCUAUCAAGCCAAUGGAUUAAGUGAUUCAAUUACUCUGCCUCAAAAUGACACUUCAGUUCAAUCACUCCAUUCCACUUUAACUUUAUUGAGCGGAUACUCUAUGAUUUUUGGAUUAGAUAUAGUGAAAUUGAAGGAAUACUUUCACAUUGGAGCUAUUUCGAACAUUUAGUAUAUGGCAGCAUAUCCUGUUAGCUACCUAAUGAAAUCUUAUAAUGUACUAAAGCGACCUUGGUAAUAGACAUAUCACAUUUAGGUAUCAGAAUCACGUUUAAGCCUCUGCGAAGAACCCAGAUCUGAACAUUACUUACACUCCCCCCUUUAACCAUUUUCUUAGUUAAACCUUGGAGGUGUCAAUAUGUUAUUCAAUUAAAUCGAAAGCGAAGGAACUUAUUGCAGUUUCUAAAACACAAUUGAGAUUCGACUCAUAUAUGAUUCCACAGAUCCCCUAUAAUGUAUUACUAUUAGAUAAUACAGGUGUUGUGUUAUACACUAAUUAAGAUAACUAUUUUAAUGACACCUAGUCAAUCUACUUAUAUAAUUAGAGCAUCACAGGUUUUAACAAAACUGAUUGGCUAAAAAUCUAAGAAAAUUCGUUAAAUAACAAUUAAACACCCCAAAUCUUCUACCAUAAGCUAUCAAAUCAAUCUGUAUACCUAAUUACUUAUUAACUUCCAAAUCAAGAAUAUACUCUCAUCAUGUAUUUGUAAUAUAUAAUUUUGAGAUACUCUAACAUUACUACUACGAUCGAGAUGUAGGGGAGAUUGGAUGAAAAAAAUUAAGAAUUAAGUACGAUCUUUAUGAGGAUGGUAGUUUCUCAAUUUUCUUUCUCAGUUUUUCUUAUGCUACUUGAGUUUAUAGUAAUAGUGCAAAUUUUCGCGCCUAUUCAUAGACUAACCAUGGAGAUUAGAUAACAUACUUUGCGGGUGGGGAAUAACAUCAACCGAGAAAUCUUUAAGCUAAUUAACAAUAAACCAGUGGGCAAUCAAUUUUUAACUCUUCAGUAAAAGAUUCUAAAUAUUGAAAAUUUAAUAAACGGAAAUUAAAACAAUAAGAGCAAGAUUUGCAAGAUAUAUGAAUAAAUUUAAUACAAUAAAAAGGGUAGACCUUUCAAAGUUAAGUAAUUAAGAAAAGCAACAAUGGAUUUAAAAGAUGAUUAACACCAACUUAAACAAAAAGUCAAGAAUAUCAUAAAACUUCUAUUCAAUCAUGAAGAAACAAUAAAUAAUUGA